AUGGCCGCCCUCUCCAAGUUAUUACCACCCGAUCGUUCCAUCAAGCAGAUCUUCUCCAGUCUUACCUCCCUCUACCUCCAACACCGCACUCGAAUCUCACGCGCCGUCUACCUCGCGCUUUUCGCGGCUCUCGCGAAACGAAUACAUAAUGCCAUCUCCGAGCAGAAAGCUGCCUCGCAGCAGGUAGAGCUGCACCGACGACCCGGCACCAGUAGUCUCGGCAAUGACGAACAACCCCGGAAGAAACGGGUGGAGAUCAACCGGGAGUUCUUUAAGAACCUCCUGCGCCUACUCAAGAUCGUGAUUCCGGGAUGGCGCAGUAAGGAGCUGAGGCUUCUGGUGAGCCACAGUGUCUUCCUGAUCUUGCGGACAUUGUUGAGUCUGUACGUGGCCGAGCUGGAUGGCCGCUUGGUGAGCAACCUGAUCCGAGGGAAAGGCAAGGAUUUCCUACUCGGUCUUGUUUGGUGGAUGAUUGUCGCUGUUCCCGCGACAUUUACAAACUCCAUGCUCUCCUACCACCAGUGCAAGCUCGCGCUGAGCUAUCGCAAACGGUUGACCGAUUAUAUACACGACAAAUACCUGUCAAACAUGACCUUCUACGCCAUAUCCGCCCUAGACGAUCGGAUUAAGAAUCCCGAUCAGCUUGUCACGGUCGACGUAUCGCGCUUCUCGGAUAGCUUGGCUGAGCUCUACUCCAACCUUGCCAAGCCCAUACUGGACAUGUGCAUCUACAACUACUCGCUUUCCAAAAAUGUUGGCGGUGAAGGGCUGUUCAUCAUGAGUUUGCUGGUGCAGUUGUCAGCCAACGUGAUGCGCAUGCUCACUCCGCCGUUUGGCAAGUAUGUUGCCGAUGAGGCCCGUCUUGAGGGCGAGUUCCGAUUCCUGCACUCGCGUCUUAUCGACUAUAGCGAAGAAGUCGCUCUCUACCACGGCCAUGAAGCCGAGAAGGACACUUUGGAUAAGGGCUACUUCACCCUCAUCAAGCAUGUGAACCGCAUUUUGCGCCGGCGCCUCUACCACGGGUUCAUGGAGGACUUUGUCAUUAAAUACUUCUGGGGCGCUUUGGGCUUGGUCCUUUGUAGUGUGCCCGUCUUUUUCAAGAUCCCUGGUCAGGUCCCUCAUUCGAUGGGCGAUCGUACCGAGAAUUUUGUUACCAACCGACGGAUGUUGCUAUCGUCAUCGGAUGCCUUUGGUCGUCUGAUGUUCUCCUACAAGGAGAUCUCCGAGCUGGCCGGUUUCACGGCUCGUGUCUCCUCGUUACUGGAAGUAAUGGAUGACUUGACGGCCGGGAGAUUCGAGAAGAAGCUGGUCUCUUCUGCAUCAACCGAGGAGAACGCGGCCGUUCUCUCUGGUCGGGGCAAGGUCCUCGAAAGCGACUGCAUCGAGUUCACCGAUGUACCGAUCGUCUCACCCAAUGGGGACGUCCUGGUGCGCCAGCUGUCUUUCACCAUCUACCCUGGUGACCACCUCUUGAUCGUCGGGCCUAAUGGGUGUGGUAAAUCAUCCUUGUUCCGCAUUUUGGGCGGCCUUUGGCCCGUGUACGGUGGCACGGUCAAGAAACCCUCCUUUGAAGACAUUUUCUACAUUCCCCAACGGCCUUAUCUAUCGCGCGGCACCCUCCGCCAGCAGGUCACCUACCCGGACGGGGUGCGAGAGAUGCGCGCCAAGGGAGUGACCGAUGAUGAUCUGUACGAGGUUCUUUCCAUAGUCGAGAUCGCGUCUGUCGUCAACCGCCCCGGUGGCUGGGACGCCGAGGAGGAAUGGCGUGAUGUACUAUCGGGAGGUUUGCAGCAGCGCAUCGCCAUGGCCCGUCUGUUCUACCACCGUCCCAAGUUCGCCAUUCUGGAUGAAUGUACCUCCUCGGUGACGCUGGAGAUUGAGAAGGUGAUGUACGAGACGGCCAAGAAGUUGGGCAUUACCCUGAUGACGGUCUCGCACCGUCGCAGUCUCUGGAAAUAUCACCAGAAGAUUCUGCAGUUCGACGGACAGGGCGGUUAUGUCUUUACCGGGCUCGACUGGGAGCGCCGGCUGAAAUUGGAAGAGUACGAGAUCCCCCCCCCGGUUGUGCCGGACUAUGCUAAUUCCAUCGACAGUGAGAAAGACGAACUUGAGCUGCAAUUACGGACCGUUCCCGAGUUAGAGCGGAGGAUCACCGAACUUACAUCGAGCUAG